CCGAAAAACGUUUCGCUCAUAAGCGGCAAAGGUAAUAUCGGUUUAUUAUUGAUAUGCAUUUUACAAGCUUGAAAAUGAGCGUUUAAACGAAAUUUUUGGUUCCGUAUUACCGGAGAACCGCUUUGUUUUGCAAAUUACAACGCAAUUUGUCGCCGGCAGUGAGAACCGCGGCGGCAUGUCUUCGGUCACGUCUGAAUGAAUUUGCUCUCGUUUGCGAGAUGGAAGUCGAUUAAAAAAUUAUUUGAAGUGAUUUGUUACCAACCGAUCGCUAAGCUUUUCGUUGGAUUAGUUUAUUUAAGGUUAACAAUCAGAUACUAUUAAACUACAAAGAAAUACAUAAGAGUUUGUUUGAAUUUGAUUGACCGUGCGCUUGUCAAAACAACAGACGAUAUAUAUUGUUAUGCAAAUACACGCCAUUACGCGGGCUUAUAAAUAACUGAGUCAUACGCGUGGCUACUCACUUAUUCUCAUCACUGUAAACACACUUGAUCGUCACGUUAACUAGUUUAUUAGCUGUGAGCCGUGAUACAUGAUGGAGUUUGCCGUUGGUGCUUCUGUUGAAGCUGUCGAUCAGCUCGGUAUUUGGGCCAAAGCCAAAGUUAUUUCAGCAUCCGAAAAUUCGGUUGUUGUGACUUUUCCUCCAUGGAGAUCGGAGUGGGACCGCGAGAUAAGUGACCUUUCCGAAAUCAGAAAGGAAACGAUCGAAGAAACGCUGAUCCCGCGCCGUCUUGCACAAAAAAAGAACCCGAAUCUCAAGAAAUUGUUCCACGGGGACGUUGUUUACUUGAAUGGCAAAGCAGCAAAUGUUCUCCAGUCAGAUCCUAUCAGGAAAUCGGUAACUUUGCAACUGGUUGACAGCAAAGAAAGACAGACUGUCAAAGUUUGGGAGGUGGAAGAAGCCAUUGCUCAGGAACAAGUUGAGCAGACAAGGAAGAGGCAGAGAAGAACGGUGAUUACAGAUCAAGGGUUGACAUCAAGUUCUGAAGUUGCAGUCACCGAGAUUCCAUAUCAGGAUCAGGUUACCAUGGCAGUACCUAGUAGCAGCAGUUUACACUUUUAUUUCUUUAUUGGGUCAAAUGGCACCAUUUUGAGGAUUGGAUCCUUGUAUUCUCUUGAUUUUUGUAAGGGUUCAGUUUUUAUUUGUACAUCCAUUUCAAGAAAUAAGGAUCUUUUUAAGUUUAAGUUUUUGCUGUGUUCCGUAGUGGACAAAAAAGUUGAAAGUAUUGAUAGGGGUGUAUCUUGUACAGUGAACAAUGUAGCGCAUGUUUCGUGUCAAUCUGAUGUCAUUAUUGGGUCAAAGGGAAAGGGUUUGGUUGACAAAGUUAUUUGCGAGGGCUGGGACAGGGUUUUGUUUUGUCAAGUUAAAAAUGCUGCAAAUUUUUCUUACCUGUUGGACCUCAGAAAGAGUUGCUUGGCCAAUCAAAUACGUCAAGGUGUCUACUCGGGUAUUUCACGCACUGCCACUCGUCCUGCGCAGCCUAUUCACCUUGGCAUAUUUGAUCCAAUGCAUGACUCUAAGAUCUUGGGUCUAACAGGUGAGAACCAUUUCCAAGUUUCAUAUUCAGGGAGGGAUCUUGCAAAGUUAGAUUCAUUUUUGGGGGCUAAUUGGGAUGUUAAAAUCCUGGAACCAGGAAAUCCCUGUUCCCACUUUAAGUAUGUUUGCAGAGUAAAAUUUUUUGUUCACAGGCCCUCAAUGAGCUUACGUUUAAAUUUUGUUUAUUCAGAGUCUAAUUACCCAUUUACAGUUGCUUAUCGGAGUACUUGUAGUUAUUAGAGCUAAGCUUUGUUUAACAAUAUAAGAUACAGUGGAAUCCCCUUAUUGAACACUUGAGUUUUUGGAGCUUCUGAUAAAUCAAAGCAAAAGCAGUUCCCUUUCACACAGUCAGACACCGCAACAUUACCACCAAUUUCUCAAAUUUACACCCAAUAUAUUCCCCUAUGAGGCUAAAAAUAUCUGGAUUCCACUGUAAGUUUGUAAUGUAUCUUCUGAAUUCCACUGUAAGUUUUUUUGACUUAAUCUAGACUGAGAAGACUAGAAGCUUUUGUCAUUUCAAAAUAAUAUUAUAUCAUAAAGGGAUUCAGUUUAGGUUUUCAGUUUCAAUCAACCUGUGAUGGUCUGUUCAGGACUGUAGAGUUUUGGAAUGUUUUGAUGUCAAAAGUAAUUUAUUUAUUUAUGGUUACUAAGAUGCUUGUUCUGAAAGCAUUCAGUUAUUAUAGCAGUCACUUCUGUAUAACUGACAGAAUAAAUUAAAGGUGGUUUGUGUACAAUGGA